AUGGCAGUCAAUUUUGCAUACAAGUACUUAGAAAAAAUAAUAGAUCAAGAUGAUAUAAAUCAAGCAUAUUCAGAUUUUGAAAAGGCUGUGAAAGUAGCAGAACACUUCAAUGACUUCUUUAUAAAUGUGGCUAAAGAUAUUGGCAACAACACACCUGCUAAUAAUAACCAUCCAAGUGUUAAAAAAAUACACGAAAACAAAACUGCCACACCACAACUAGAAUUUAGUGCCAUCUCAAAUGAAUUUGUAGAUAAACAACUUAAAAAAUUAAACAUAAAAAAGGCAACAGGAAUAGAUGGCAUAUCAGUUAAGGUUCUAAAACUAGCACAACCAGUUAUCACAAAACCAAUAACUGAAUUGAUAAACAUGACUAUUAAAUCAGCCACUUUUCCAGACAAAUUAAAAGAGGCACAAGUUGUACCAUUGCAUAAAAAGAACAAUGUACUUGAUGUGGGCAACUAUAGACCAGUAAGUAUACUUCCAGCAAUUUCAAAAUUUUUUGAAUGA